AUGGCCAACACAUUCCAACUCCUCUUUCUCUACUGCGUCCUCCUAACCACUGCCGCCAUGUCAGCCUCUCCAUCACCGUAUCCAACUGUCAUACCCGCCGCACCGCCCACGGACGGCGGCACCUGUUGUCUCCAGCAAGUCAGCAACAUCCUCGAUGCCUUACUCGGCUCCAGCGACUUUGGCAACUGGGCAUCUGUCCUCCCCGCCUUCAACCCCUCGACCCUUUCCAUCUCGGGCACGCUCUUCGUCCCUGCCGGCAAUGACGCUGCCGUCUCUGUGCUCCCCAUGGACCCUCCCUCUCUCCUCUACCACAUGGUCCCUCAACGCCUCGCCUUCUCGCAACUCAAGCUCUUCCGCACAGGCUCUCGCCUGCCGACCUUCCUGCCCAACAACUCCAUCCUCAUCACAGGUGGCUCUCCAUCCAACUUCACCCUCGACGGCAUCCCUCUCAUUGAGCCCGACCUCUUCUCCUCCGACGGCCUCAUCGUGCAUGGCGUCGCUGGGUUCCUCAACUACACAGUCUACGGGGGUGGCAGUGCUGCGCACGGGCUUUCUCCGCCACUGCUGCAGGAUGCUACAGGUGAUACUCCGACUGCAGCGGCAUUCUUGCCGCUUCAGGAAGCGACUGGCCAGCGCAUGUCCCAUGCCGCAUGCAGCACUGAGGGCAUGGCGGUGGUUGUUGCGUCCGUUCUUGGCUUGGUAAUCUUGGGUUCAAAAUUGUAA